GCCGCCCUCCCGGCUUCCGUAGCCGCGCCCCCGCGUCACGUGGCAGGAAACUAUGGAGGCAGCCAAGAUGGCGUCCCCCAAGAGCGCCCCGAAGGAUGCGCAGGUGAUGGCGCAGAUCCUCAAGGACAUGGGCAUCACCGAGUACGAGCCGCGCGUCAUUAACCAGAUGCUGGAGUUCGCCUACAGAUACGUGACCACGAUCCUGGAGGAUGCCAAGAUCUAUUCAAGCCAUGCCAAGAAGUCCAGCGUGGACGCGGACGACGUGCGCCUGGCGAUCCAGUGCCGGACUGACCAGUCCUUCACGUCCCCCCCACCCCGGGACUUCCUGCUGGACAUUGCCCGGCAGAAGAACCAGACGCCGCUGCCGCUGAUCAAGCCGUACUCAGGCCCGCGGCUGCCACCCGACAGGUACUGCCUGACUGCCCCCAACUACCGCCUCAAAUCCCUGCAGAAGAAGGUCUCCUCCACAGCAGGCAGGAUCACAGUGCCUCGCCUGAGCGUGGGUGCCGUGAGCAGCAGGCCCAGCACUCCCACUUUGGGUACCCCCUCAGCCCAGACUGUGUCGGUGUCAGCCAAGGUGGGAGCGCCGGUGUCGCUGGCGGGGCAGCGCUUCACCGUCCAGAUCCCGUCCUCCCAGCCCGCUGGGAAGUCAGCCACUCCCACCACUCCCACGGUGCAGAACGUCCUGAUCAACCCAUCCCUGAUCGGCCCCAAGAACAUCCUGAUCACCACCAACAUGGUCCCGCCCGGCGCCGCCGACCCCAACCCGCUCAAGAGGAAGCACGAGGACGACGACGACUACGACGCCUUGUGAGGGCCUGGAGCCCUUCCCAUGGGACUCAGAGGAGCCCUUCCCAUGGGGUCCAUAGGAGCCCUUCCCAUGGGAUUCACACGGACUCCAGAGGGUGGGGAUGGGUGGGAAGGCCCCGGAUGGGCCGUGGGAGUGUGGAAAUAAAGUGGAGAGUGUUU